UAGAUUAGUCGUUUAGUGGAUCUUCUCGCGAUCGUUUGUUUUUCGCUAAAAAAAAAUGUUUUUAAUACCAGUAAUUAUCUUCGCGAUUCUUAUUUGUUUGCUGUACAAAUAUGCGACGCUUCAACAUGACUUUUUCGCAAAACGCGGAAUAAAAUUCCUAAAACCUCUCCCGCUUCUCGGCAGUAAUUGGCGUCCUGCCUUCGGUUUCGCGAGUUAUUUCGACUUUUAUCGCGACACGUACACCGAAUUUUCCGGCGAAACGGUUUUUGGGGCUUUUGAUUUGACGAAACCCGUUUUUAUGAUACGUGACCUUGAGCUGGUCAAGCAAAUUACGAUCAAGAACUUUGAUCACUUUGUGAAUCGACGCAUUACGAUAGAUGUGAGUUGUGAUCCGGUUGGCGGGAGGAUGAUGGCGUUCAUGCAUGACGAUCACUGGCGCACGAUGCGAACGACCUUGUCGCCGGCAUUCACGGGGAACAAGAUGCGAUAUUACUUUCACUUGAUCACGGAAUGUGCGGAUCGUACGAUGGAAUAUGUGGACAUGGAAAUGGAGAAAAACAACAGAAAUGGCUUGAAAAUUGAGACUUAUGAUUUUUUCACGCGGAUUACGAAUGAUUUGAUCGCUAGCACGGCCUUUGGGAUUGAGGAAAAAUCUUUUCAUGAUAAAGGAAAUGAAUUUUAUAAGCUGGGACGGAAAUUAAAUGAGUUUGGGAUGGGAUUUUUCUUCAAGUGGAUGUUUUUUAGUGUGGCGCCGACAGUUGGAAAGUUUUUGAGCUUGAAAAUGUUUGAUAAACAUGCUACGGACUACUUUACGACGAUCAUCAAGGACGAUCUUGAACAAAGGAACAAUAAAAAAUUUUCUCGACCGGAUUUGUUACAAAUUUUCUUGGAAGCAGACGUUCCUCUCGAAGACAUUAUUGGUCAAAGUAUCCAAAUAUUUGCUGCCGGCUUUGAUACUUCAGCAAUUCUCUUCCAAUUUACUGCCUACGAACUCGCUCUUCAUCCUGAAAUUCAACAAAAACUAACAGCUGAAAUCGAUAAAGUUCGUGAAAAUUUAAAAGGCAAACCUUUGACGUACGAAAUUGUGCAAGAAAUGAAAUACGCUGAUAAAGUUAUCAAAGAAUCGAUCCGCUUGCAUCCCGCUUUGACCUGGAUUGAACGUGCCUGCACAAAACCCGUCACCCUCACCGACUCCAAUGGUCGCGAUCUCCACUUGGAAGUUGGUGAUCAUUGCGUGAUGCCCGCAUCUGGUUUCCAUUACGACGCCAAACACUUUCCAGACCCCGAAAAAUUCGAUCCAGAACGCUUCGAGGGCGAAACUAACUCCGCUUUUAUGGGUUUCGGCUUGGGACCUCGCAAAUGCAUGGCGGGCCGGCUUGGAAUAAUUCAAGCAAAAAUAUUUUUCUACAACAUUUUGUCCAAAUAUCAGUUUGAAGUGAACGAAAUGACGGCAAUUCCGAUGAAAUAUCGCAAGGGACUUGCCUUUUUGCGUGCCGAUAAAGAUUUGUGGCUGGAUUUGAAACCACGAGAUGACGUGUUGUGACAACGUUUUGACGUGAUGUACAAAUAACUCUUUUUAUGACGAUAAAUUUUAAUGACGAAACGCACAAGAAUAAUUUUUCUUGUAAUAAUUUAGUAACUGACACGAUCGUCUUAUAAAUAAAGUAAGAACAUGACAUGGCGACAAGUUUUUUUUGUGUCUAUUUAAAUAAAUUUAUUUUUUUUUCAUGAAAAAUAUUCAGA